GCGGCAGGCCGGCCGUCGCGUACUCGCGUGGCUCGGUGGUACGUACGCCUACCUACGCUUAUCCGGCGACGUUACCCACGAUGCGAGGCCGAGACAGCUUGGCUGCUGGCUGCUGGGACCUGGUCCUCGCGUGUCCUGCUCUGGCUGCUCUACUAACCCUGACGCCACCUCGUGCGGUUGUGCUGCUCAAGAGUCAGUCGUCUCCACCGGAUCCGCCUGAUGAGUCUUGAGGUGAGCAUGCCUCUCUCGUCUUCCUGCUCCCCCUCCUGAAGAAGAAGUUGUGAUUUCUCGAUCUCCUACCUGAUUCGAUGCUUCUUGUACUACCGUUGAAUCCGGGGCAUGGCCGUGCUGAUUAGGUAUCAUCACUUUUAGCGGCAACGAAAAGAAGCUGUGAUCAUGGCAUCACUGAGUGCCGACCUUUUCUAUGAUAUACUCAAGCGUCUCGAUGCUGCAGCUCUGGCAAGAGCAGGCUGUGCUUGUGCUGACUUCCGUGCCAUAUCAAAUGAUGAGGACUUGUGGGAGAAUGCUUGCACAUCUCUGUGGCCAUCAACAAGACGAGAUGAUGUUAGGAGCUUGAUUGUUUCUGUUGGUGGAUUCAGGAAGUUCUAUGCCGAUUGUUUCACUCUUAUACUGAACAAAGAUGUUCCUGUAGUUCAGACAAAUGAAACUAAUCCCUUUGCAGAGGAAUGGGCUGAGUCUGACUAUUACUAUGAUGACAUGGAUGAGCUUGAAAACUCCCUGCCUUCAGACUUUGUAUCUCUAAUCGAUGUAUGGUAUAAAGACCAUGCACUCUACUCGAAGGUCAUAUGGGGAAUUCCGAACUCAGACGGUGCCAAUGGAUGGUUCUAUAACUGCCCAUUCCGGGUAGACUUGUUUCAUCACUCAGCUGAAAACAACGAGAACAAUAAUGGAGAGGUAUUCCUAUCAACCAUCAGUGACUUACCAUCGGUGCCCUCAAUGGAGCAAGAAAGGAAAGAUGGAAAACUUUGGAGGGAGCUAAAUGAUGGUAUAAAGUUGAGUUGGAUCAUUGUCAACAGAAAGAUGAAGCGUGCAGUGAACCUGACAAGUUGGCACCCACUGGGUGGGCAGAGGCACUGGCCAACUGAUACCGAUUUUGUUCUACGGUUUGGAUCUGUCCUUCCAGCAAAGGAGGUCCUGCCGUGCCAGGUAGCAGAAUGCAUCCUGCUGAUGAAAUUCCGCAUGAUAAGCAUGGGGAGUGAGGAAUCUGGGGAAUCUUCCACCCUUGCAUUGACGGAACUGAGUAUGCAGAUCGAAGACAUGGGUGGCGUUCAUCUCAACGGGCGCUGCAGCCUCCUCCUCCUCAAGGAGGCACUGAGCUGCCAUCGGAGCAGGAAUUACGAUGAGGUGCUGGAGUCUUGCAAUUUGUAUCUGAAGGCACAGAGCGAGCUGAAAGAAGAGAAGAUACGCAGUGAAUACCGGUUCGACACACUCUGUAUUGUCAGUGGCAUUACAAUAUUUGGUGCUAUCUGCACCAUGUGCUAUAGAAGGUUUGAGAACUUUUAACUUAAUAAGGGUAGUUGCAGAGUUGCUGAAUCCUACA